ACAUUCUUGUUGGUGUGACAAGCAGACACCCCUAUGCCUGCGCAGAAAGUGGAAUGCUCCAGUUUGCUCAGGGCUCUGUUGUUGUGCAGAGAUGUAGAAGGCCUGACAGAGCCAGCCAGAGAGAGAGCGAGGGAAAGGGAGAGAGAGACAAGAGAGAGACGGGAGAGACUCAGACACUGUGGAUCCAGACCUUGGGUUUUUAUUUCAUCACUCAGUCCAGCCAGCAACACCAUAGAGGAGGGAGGAGAAAAGGAAGAGGAGGACGGAAAGGGGCCUCAGUGACAGCAGGGAAAGUGAGAGACAAGGUGAAGGAGGAGAAGGAAGGAAGGAAAGGGAGAGAGGAAGGAGGCUGGGACAUGAGGAGGGGCGUCUGACUGACAUUAGUGCUCUCCUCAACAGCUCUCUCUCACACACAACCACUCACACACACAGAUGUAGGCAGACACACAAACACACUCUCAGUCUGAUUGUGCACUGCACAGUUGCUGCUCUUUUUUCUAAUAUCCUUUGCGGCGCCUUGUCCUCCAUCCUUUCUUCUCAAAGCAAGAGGACAAGAGAGACACAGGGAGAGGAGGAAGAGGAGGAGGGAAAAGGAGGAGGGUAGGCAGUAACCCUCUCCUCUCCAUUACUAGACACAGCAGAGAGAUAUAGGGAAAGAGGACCAACAGAAAGAGGCAGGAGCUUUCUCUUCUAUUUCUGCCGUCUCCUGUGGUCCCUUGGCCAGUGAGCGGCAAACAGGCUCCGCUCAUGUCCGUGAACUCAGAGAAAUCCUCGUCCCCUGAAAGGCCUGAGACCCAGCAGAAAGCCCCAGUGAGCUCUCCUCCUCCCCCGCCGCCCCCUCCGCCUCCGCCUGAGCCGACAGGGCCUCCAGAGCCGGAAGAGGAGAUCCUGGGCUCCGACGAUGAGGAGCAGGAGGACCCCGCAGACUACUGCAAAGGAGGGUACCAUCCAGUGAAGAUUGGGGAUUUGUUCAAUGGGAGGUACCAUGUGAUCAGGAAGUUGGGGUGGGGCCACUUCUCCACCGUAUGGCUAUGCUGGGACAUACAAGUGAAGAACUUUGUGGCGAUGAAGGUAGUGAAGAGUGCGCAGCAUUACACAGAAACGGCCCUGGAUGAGAUCAAACUGCUGCGAUGUGUGAGAGAGAGUGACCCCAAUGACCCCAACAAGGACAUGGUAGUCCAGCUGAUAGAUGACUUCAAGAUCUCUGGCGUCAACGGCAUACAUGUGUGUAUGGUGUUUGAGGUGUUGGGUCACCACCUGCUGAAGUGGAUCAUUAAAUCUAACUACCAAGGUCUGCCACUGCCAUGUGUCAAGAGCAUUAUCAGACAGGUACUGCAGGGUCUGGACUACCUCCACACAAAGUGUAAAAUCAUCCACACGGACAUAAAGCCUGAGAAUAUCCUGAUGUGUGUAGAUGAUGCGUUUGUCCGACGCAUGGCCAUGGAGGCCACUGAGUGGCAGAAAGCCGGCGCCCCGCCACCGUCUGGAUCAGCGGUUAGCACAGCGCCUCAGCUCAAACCGGUGAGUACAACAGAUGUGGGUAAGAUUUCAAAGAACAAGAAGAAGAAGCUGAAGAAGAAACAGAAGCGGCAGGCUGAGCUGCUGGAGAGGCGGAUGCUGGAGAUCGAGGCUUUAGAGAGGGAGGCCGAGAAGAAGGAGGAGAAAGACAAAGACGGGGAAGAAAAAGGGGCUCUUGAACACAACCCGCCUUCACCGCUUCAGCCGAAGCCACCGCCGAUCGGCCCCAGCAUUGCCCUGGGAGAGAGCGACGAGGACGAUGACGAUGAGGAUGACGGGGAAGACGAGGAGGAGGAGGGAGGAGACCGGGAAAGGCCAGUCAGGCUGACUAAUCAUACAUGUGCAGCACCUCCCCAGGAGCAGAUCGAGGUACCUCACAUCACUGAUGACGACCCUGAAGAGGAGGGGGAGGACGAAGACGAGGAGCCAACGCCUGUCGCUGAAAAAGAAACCCCCAUUCCCCUCAUCUCGGAGGAAGGUAGUGGGGAGUCAACUCAAGCAGAGGUACCGAAAGAGGAGAGGGAGGAGGAAGGAUUGAACAGGACAGAGGGUGAGAAUGCAGAAGAGGAGGAGAAGUUAGAAGAGGAGGAGGAGGAGGAGGAUGACGAGGAGGACGACGAGGAGGAGGAGGAGGAAGAGGAGGAAGAGGAAGAAGAGAAAGAGGAGGAGAAAGAGACUGAAAAAGAGGAGACUAAGAUAGAAGAGCCAAAGAGAGAAAGUAAAACAGAGGAUGAGGCAGUGUUGGAACAGGAGGAGUCAAAGGAGCAGUGUGACGAGGAUGAGGUGGAGAACGAGGAGGAGGACGAGGACGACGAGGAAGACGAGGAUGAAGACACGACCGCUGAGCUCCUCACGGAGAGCACCUCUCCUGUCAAGCCUCACAACAACAAAGCGAACACAGCCAAAACCAACGGUCACGUGUUGUUGGGCUCUGAGGGACUGAAACCGAACCCCAAUACUCCUCCACCCCCGUCUCCCACCCCAGAGCCUCUCCUCUGCCCCCUGGUGGAGUCAGAGCUCAGCUACACGGACAGGGAGUUCUCUCUCAGCUCUGGUUAUGAGAUGUACAACGGCGAGGUGGGCGAACGGAAUGAACGGGGCCUGACCAACGGCUCCAGUGAGCGCCAUCUGGGCAUAGAGCCCAUUUUCCCUGAUUUACCCCUGGAUCCUGAGCCGGAAAACCCAAUAUCCCCCGGGACCGGAGACAUCGGAGCGGGACGUUCACCCAACAGCCCCACAGCUGACCGCAGUCGCACCGUGUCGUCCUCGAGCACAGGAGACACACCUAAAGUCAAGGCCAGAGCUGCCGACCUCCUCAUCAACCCACUGGACCCUCACAAUGCUGAGUUUAUUCGAGUCAAAAUUGCUGAUCUGGGAAAUGCCUGCUGGGUGCAUAAGCACUUUACAGAGGACAUCCAAACGAGACAGUAUCGUGCCAUUGAAGUCCUGAUAGGAGCUGGUUACAGCACUCCUGCAGAUAUCUGGAGUACUGCCUGCAUGGCAUUUGAGCUUGCUACCGGAGAUUAUCUGUUUGAGCCUCACUCAGGAGAGGAUUACUCCCGUGAUGAGGACCACAUAGCUCAUAUCAUAGAGCUGCUGGGCUGUAUUCCGAGGCACUUUGCACUCUCCGGAAAAUAUUCCCGGGAGUUCUUCAACAGAAGAGACCACAUCGCUCUGAUCAUGGAGCUCCUUGGGAAGGUCCCACGCAAAGUGGUCGCUGCCGGAAGGUACAGCCGAGAGUUUUUCUCCAAGAAAGGUGAACUACGGCACAUCACCAAGCUGAAGCCAUGGUCCCUGUUUGACGUGCUGGUGGAGAAGUACGGCUGGUCGCAUGAAGACGCCGGCCACUUCACUCACUUCCUGCUGCCCAUGCUGGAGAUGGUACCCGAGAAGAGGGCCUCAGCCGGCGAAUGUCUCAACCACCCAUGGCUCAACUCGUAGCUACAAACUAUGAUCAGAUGUCCUUGUCUUCUUGUCCCCGAUCAGUUAGCCCAAACAUUACCCCACUGUGGGCAGCCUGUGGAACAGCAGUAUGGAGAGAAGCUGGAGACGGACGGAGUAGAUGAGAAAGACUUCUUCUUUCCUGCCCUAUCCCAGACAUCCACCCAUACUCGCUCAUUUGACUAGGCUUAACUCCUACACAGCUCCCUCCUUUUUUCCUCCCGAAAGGAACUUGAAGACAAGCUUAUGGAGAUAACGCGACAUAGUAACUGUGUCUUCCUAAACAUCUCCCCCAGGUCAUUUGAGGAUGGAGGCUGCUCACGCCGUAAACGAGGGAAGUCAGCGCUCUUGUCUGAAAAAGAUAUGCUUUCUUCUUCUCGUCUGUUGUCAAGUUAUCAGCCGGUCCCUUUCAUCGAUCCGUCUCCUCCAGAAUCUCAGACUGACUUGUUUGAAUCGGGAUGGGGCUGAUCCUUUCAGUGAUGUGAUAGAAAAGUCAACGAGACGCCCUGUCGCAGGCCCAGAGCUCCAUCUGCCAUGACCUCCACAUAGCCAGGGUCUCAGAGACAAAGACAAAUGUGUGGAUGUUGAGUGAGAGAAUGAGCGUUUAUGCCUGUGCUCAAGAUCUGCCGACAUAAACCCUUUCCUCUCUUUCUAGUCCAGUAGCUCCGCCUUCACCCUUGUGUGGAAGAAACUACCAUAUUGGACAAAAAGUUUACACGGUGAUUUCUUCCAAAUAUCCAGCCCUUUUAAGCCCUUCAUUACCUGUUUGGGUGCCUACUUCCUCCCCUCCUACCUGAGCAUCAAGCUCCUUCUGGGGGCCAUAAAGAGAAAACUGGAGGACAGCCAGUCCUCCAGGGGGCACCACACUGACACAGACUGCUAAAAAAAAAAAUUGGGGGUGAGCAAAAGAUGGAAAAAUCUUGUAUUGAGUGGAUGAGGGACUGUUCAGUGUUAAAGGACUAUUUUUUAAAAUGCAUGGAGAGACUGAUGGAUCAGCAUGAGAGGAUUAUGACAAAUGGAGAAUGGAUAUAUUAUUUUCUUUGUGCAUUUUGCUGGGUUCAUCGGCCCUUUUUGGGACAUUCAAUUAGAAAGAAUUAUAUAAGGUUACAUCAGAAUAUUUUGGUGCCCCUCUGAGGAAGGUCACUGUGUUAACAACCACUGCUUCUUCAGCCUUUGACAUUCCUAAAUCCUGGUCUGCUGCCAUCAUCAUCCCUCACUCUUAGUUACAAAAACAAUUCCGUUACGUCCUGCUGUAACACGUUGGCACUAUCCUCCACUCUCCCCCCACCCCCCCACAGAGACACUUUGAUCCCUGAGCCGAUCCAGAAAGGGGACGGUCACACGGAGGUUGCACUUGUCUUUGUAAAUGUCCUGCAGGGAUUUGAAACCUUUGUACAUAGAAAUGAGAUCUGACAACGCUGCUGAGCGACCGUGAACAAAGUUUCAACCGUCAUUAAAACAAAAAAACAACAAAAAAACAGACACUGUUGUGGGCAGAACAUGACUUCCUCUAGCACAGUGGAGUUGGGGAGGGAGUGGGCCACCAUUGCUUGGCCCUGGAGGAAUGUUCAGACUGAACUGUACCACCUGGUGGCCGAAUGAGCGUACUGCAUCGCCACACUCAGCUGCCGCUGCUCUCGGUGCCAACGCUUCAAAACGUUCCACUAUUUAUCUCCACUUAAUCUCUAUUUCUCUGUUACACACACACAAACACAAACUUGCAUUAUCUCAAUUAGUCCAGUUGCCUAUUUUUCGCAAUAAAUGAAAAAAAAGAUUAUAAGUAAAUGGUGAGAUAUUUUUAAAAACUAUUUAAUUCAUUUAAAAAAAAAAGAGAGAUUAAAAGAAAACUUUUCUCUGGUUGUUGUGACUGUGACAGAAUCUCGUCUUAAUCUGAGGUGAUUGUGUUUGUCUAUUAGAGAUGUUUUUGUUUUUUUGUCAUUAUUAUUAUUAUAUUAUAAUUAUUAAAAUAUUUUUUACUCAGUUGUCACUGCUCCCCUCCCUCCUUACUUGAACAUUGCUGCUCUGUCUGGGCUCUCGAUGAAAAAAAAGAUCAACAAUUUUGCAAUAAAAAGGUAUUUGAUUUUUUUUUUUUUCACCAAAACCUCCCGAUCUCGCUCUUUCAGCCAUGCUGACUGUUCUUCCUGAUGACAUUGACAGAUUUGCGUCUCUUGUCUGUUUUUCAUUGACAGAUUUAAUAAAAUUGUAAAUUAAUGGA